UCUAGGCAGGUCAGAGGAUACUCCGGUGGAGUUUACGCCUCCAUAGAUGACCCGGACAUAGCAACGAUUUACAGCGUCUUCGUUCCUGCUAAUCAGUGCCCAGCUGCUAGAGACGGCAGAAGGUGGGGAGGGCUCCAGAACAUUCUAAGCCUGGUAAAUAUUUCUGUUGGGAAUUCUUUAAUCGCACUACAACUCUGACAAGAGACCAUGACCUUAAUCUCCCUUGGCAUGACUGGUUCGUCUUGAACUUAAGCCAGAUAGUGAAAUGCCCCUAAAUGUGCAGAGCAAAUCUCACUAAUGUCAAAACUACAUUACAUACCACGUAGGGGGACCAGAAAUCCAUCUGUCUCAAAAUAGGAAAGCUUCCGGGAUGCAAAGAGAACACCCUUACAACCUUUUCUACAUUCUAAAACAGGAAUAUUCACGGAAAGAGCAAGACGAAAUUAGCAUUCACUGAACUCCUACUGAGUUCUAGUCACAUUCACACACGUUAACUCACUUAAUCCCCGCUACCAGGUAGGUAGGGAUUGUUAACAAUUUACAUUCCUGAGAGCGCAGUCAGAGAGAUCUGGAAGUCGCUCAAGGUGACACGCUGCAGCGAGCAGGAGUCAGAAUUUGAAUCCGGAGCAGUGUCCUUCCCCACGCGCCACAGCUGCGGCGCAGAAAACGCAGCUCUGCCACGGGGAAACUGACGACUCGCAGCCGCCCUGGGGCUCUGCGCCAUAACUGGGCGACGACCUGGUUCUCGUGACUGCUCAGUCUGUUUUCACCCAAGUGCAUGACUGCUGGAGUAAAGCGACCACGUGAGCCCUUUCCCUCCCCCGGCGAGGGACAGUGCCUGUCUGGCCAAGGGCAAGUCACAGGAUGAACUUGCGUCCUUUCUCUUCUCCGCCAUGGAAUUCUGCUCCGUGCUUCUAGCCCUCCAGAGCCAAAGAAACCCCAGACAACAGAUGCCCAUACGCAGCGUAUAGCAGUAACUCCCCAGCUCGGUUUCUGUGCCGUAGUUUACAGUAUUUAAUUUUAUAUAAUAUAUAUUAUUUAUUAUAGCAUUUUUGAUACCUCAUAUUCUGUUUACACAUCUCGAAAACCGCUCAGUAAUUCUCUGAUUAAUUAAAGAACCACUACUCUAGAGAAUGGCAUCUACCAUGGCAACGCUGAUUGCCACUACUAUUGCUGCUACUGCCGCUUCUGGUCCAUUGGUGGACUACCUAUGGAUGCUCGUCCUGGGCUUCAUUAUUGCAUUUGUCCUGGCAUUCUCCGUGGGAGCCAAUGAUGUAGCAAAUUCGUUUGGUACAGCCGUGGGAUCAGGUGUAGUGACCCUGAAGCAAGCCUGCAUCCUAGCUAGUAUCUUUGAGACAGUGGGCUCCGUCCUGCUGGGGGCCAAAGUGAGCGAAACCAUCAGGAAGGGCUUGAUUGACGUGGAGAUGUACAACUCGACACAAGAGCUGCUGAUGGCCGGCUCUGUCAGUGCGAUGUUUGGUUCUGCUGUGUGGCAACUAGUGGCUUCGUUUUUGAAGCUUCCCAUUUCUGGAACCCAUUGUAUCGUUGGUGCAACCAUUGGUUUCUCCCUGGUGGCGAAGGGGCAGGAGGGGGUCAAGUGGUCAGAACUGAUAAAAAUUGUGAUGUCUUGGUUCGUCUCACCGCUGCUUUCUGGUAUUAUGUCUGGAAUUUUAUUCUUCCUUGUUCGUGCAUUCAUCCUCCGUAAGGCAGAUCCAGUUCCUAAUGGGCUGCGAGCUUUGCCAGUAUUCUAUGCCUGCACAGUUGGAAUCAACCUCUUUUCCAUCAUGUACACUGGAGCGCCUUUGCUGGGCUUUGACAAACUUCCUCUGUGGGGUACCAUCCUCAUCUCGGUGGGAUGUGCAGUUUUCUGUGCCCUUAUCGUCUGGUUCUUUGUAUGUCCCAGGAUGAAGAGAAAAAUUGAACGAGAAAUCAAGUCUAGUCCUUCUGAAAGCCCCUUAAUGGAGAAAAAGAAUAGCUUGAAAGAAGAACGUGAAGAAACAAAGUUGUCUCUCAGUGAUACAGAAACCAGGAAUCCCGUCUCAGAGGUAGGGUCAGCAGCCACUGGGCCCCUGCGGGCUGCAGUGGAGGAGAGAACGGUCUCGUUCAAACUUGGAGACCUGGAGGAAGCUCCAGAGCGAGAGAGGCUUCCCAGCGUGGACCUGAAAGAGGAAACCAGCAUAGAUGGCACCAUGAACGGUGCAGUGCAGUUGCCUAAUGGGAACCUAGUUCAGUUCAAUCAAGCUGUCAGUAACCAGAUAAACUCCAGCGGCCACUAUCAGUAUCACACGGUGCAUAAGGACUCCGGCUUGUACAAAGAGCUGCUCCACAAGCUACAUCUUGCCAAGGUGGGCGACUGCAUGGGAGACUCUGGCGACAAACCCUUGAGGCGCAACAAUAGCUACACUUCCUAUACCAUGGCAAUUUGUGGCAUGCCCCUGGAUUCAUUCCGUGCCAAAGAAGGUGAACAGAAGGGUGAAGAGAUGGAGAAGCUGACGUGGCCUAACGGAGACGGCAAGAAGCGAAUUCGAAUGGACAGUUACACCAGCUACUGCAACGCCGUGUCUGAUAUUCACUCGGCAUCCGAGAUCGACAUGAGUGUCAAGGCCGAGAUGGGUCUGGGCGACAGAAAAGGAAGCACCAGCUCUCUAGAAGAAUGGUGUGACCAGGACAAACCAGAAGUGUCUCUCCUCUUCCAGUUCCUGCAGAUCCUCACGGCCUGCUUUGGGUCAUUCGCCCAUGGUGGCAAUGACGUCAGCAAUGCCAUCGGUCCUCUGGUUGCUUUGUAUCUGGUUUAUGACACGGGAGACGUUUCCUCAAAAGUAGCAACACCAAUAUGGCUUCUGCUCUAUGGUGGUGUUGGUAUCUGUAUUGGUCUAUGGGUUUGGGGAAGGAGAGUUAUCCAGACCAUGGGGAAAGAUCUGACACCAAUCACACCCUCUAGCGGCUUCAGUAUUGAACUGGCAUCUGCCCUCACUGUAGUAAUUGCAUCGAAUAUUGGCCUUCCCAUCAGUACAACACAUUGUAAAGUGGGCUCUGUUGUGUCCGUUGGCUGGCUCCGAUCCAAAAAGGCUGUUGAUUGGCGACUCUUCCGCAACAUUUUUAUGGCCUGGUUUGUCACAGUCCCCAUUUCUGGCGUUAUCAGUGCUGCUAUCAUGGCAGUCUUCAAAUACGUCAUCCUCAGAGGGUGAAGCUGUUUGAGAUGAAAACUCGGGUCAGUGUUUGGGACCACCGUACACAUUCCUGUUCCUUUGAAGAAUGAAUUACAGUGUUAUAGAAGACUGACAGGAGUCUCUUUAAAGUUUGGGAGCCGUGGGAGGGAAGCGUUACUUGUGCUAUAAUUGCUUUUGUGCUAAAUAUGACUUGUCUCAAGAUUAGCUAUGUAAAGUAGCCAGGUUUCCACUGGUUCCUGUUGAGGUUCCUUUUCCUUCUGGGCUGUGAAUUCCUGUACAUAUUUCUCUACUUUUUGUAUCAGGCUUCAAUUCCAUUAUGUUUUAAUGUUGUCUCUGAAGAUAACUUGUGGUGUUUGUUUGUUUGUUUGUUUUGUGUCGUUUGAAAACGACCAUUCAGAGCCGUUUGACAGUGUGCUCUGCUUCGUUGGUCUCACCAGCUUCUGCCCCAACACGCACAGGGACUCAGCAGCACACGCCGUAACCGAAGCUUCCCUUGUAGUCUCCUAGAAAAAUAGUCAUUUGUACCCUGCCCUCCUGUCGGCAGGGGCAGGUUCUAUUGGCACACGUGAACUUCUUACUUACAAGGACAAGGUUCUUUGGACACGGUGAAAAUUUAAGUUAGUAGUAACUUCUUUGCAGGCAGUUCACAGACUAUGAUUGCUAAGAAGAAGUAGGAAGAAAAAUCCUUCUGGCAGUCUUGGUUAUUUCUUUAAGAUUUCUGGAAGCGCGGGAUGGAUGAAUGCAGUGGAAUAUGAACUUUGGGUGAGUUAAAUGGGCCAGCCUUCCAUGUUCAUCUGUCUACCUCUUAACUGAAUAAAAAAGCCUACCGUUUUUAGAAAA